AUGGCAGACAUUAUAACCGGCCCUACCAUCCCUAUUCCAGAAACCGACUAUCUUUCUUACGUUUUCAACGGUCCAUACGACGAAAAAAAGGCAUGGCCAUCAACCGAGCCAAUCCUGGUAUCGACUGAGGAGUCAGACCCUUCUUACACCAUCAACGACAUCAAAGACUUUGUCAAGCGCCUAGGAUGUGGUCUUCACCAUAUCGGGGCACGACGAAAGCGCGUCAUGCUCUAUGGCGAGGCAAAUAUACAUUUUUUCCUCGCUCUGCUGGGGGUAAUGGCAGCAGGUUCUGCAUGUGCUGUUAUUCCACCUUCAUCUGUGCACCACAUCGCAUUCUAUCUGCGACAAAUGGAGGCGGAAUUUAUUCUUUGCGGUCCCAAUGACAUACCGCGAGCGCGCGACGCCGCUCAUCAAGUGGGAAUUCCUCCGGAGCAUAUUUUUGUCGUGGAUAGAUCGGCGUCCGAUAUCGGCUCGACCAAUGAGCAAAAGGUACGGCAUUGGAGCUGGCUUUUGAACAUCCCUGGAGGGAGCGAGUACGUCUGGCCACGUCUUGGGGAGGAGAGCAAAGAGGCCGAAGCGAUAUUGUUAUGUACAUCAGGAACAACAGGGAACCCUAAGCUGGCUGUUCGGACACACCAUAACCUCAUCGCCAAUGUGGAGUCUCUGCUAUACAAUCGCAGCCGCCAUUUGAAAGAUUCGAAAGAUAUAUUCUGCGCUUUCAAGUUCUAUGGGGCAGGGUUCAUCACACACGCAAUGCUAUUGCCGCUUAAAGCGCGAUCCAGGACCAUUUUUAUGCCCAAGUUCGAUUUGCAUAUUUGGCUUCGCGCAGUACUCCAAUUUCGUCCUACCUUGUUGAUGAUUCCAAAGCACGUGUUGAAUGAACUGAUGAUGUACAAGGACGAAGAUAAGCCUGAUCUGUCUAGCGUGAAAUUUGUUGUCACUGGGGCAGCAACAAUCUCUUCGACAUUGCGCAAGGCUUGGGCUGAGAAAUAUGGACAUCCUCUCUUCUCCGUACUAGGAAUGACCGAACUUGGAUUCGUCACUGGGGAGGAAUUUGACGUACCUCUAACAAGUGAUACCGUCGGGAAGCUAUUACCUAACGUUCAGGCAAAAAUCGUUGAUAGCAAUGGUCAAUCUCUUAAGCCUGGUCAGCAGGGAGAGCUGUGGUAUUUGUAUCCUGGAAUCAUGAAAUGCUAUUGCAACGAACCUGAGAAGACGGCCCUCACCGUAACAGAGGAUGGCUGGCUAAAGUCCGGCGAUAUCUGCUCUGUUGAUAAAGAGGGCUAUUUGUACGUUGUUGGACGAUAUAAGGACAUGUUCAAAUUGAACGGGUCGGACAUCUCUGGUGCGCAAAUAGAAGGAGGCCUUAUACUUCAUCCGGAUGUGAAGGAGGCUAGUGUCGUUCCUGUCACACUUCCCGGUGAAGAAGAACCAGCACCCUACGGGUUCAUCGUGAAAAAGCCCGGAUCCAAUCUUACCGUCGACGAGUUUGUGCAGUGGAUGGCACAGGAGCUGACUGCAAACAUGAAGUUGUACGGCGGUGUCUCGUUUAUCAACGCACUUCCUUUAUCUACUUCUGGAAAUUCGAAGACGGAUCAGCAAGCUUUGAAACAAAUGGCACAGGAGGCAGUUGAUUCUCGAUAA